CACCAUCAUCUCCCAUCAAUUCCCUAAGCCAAACAAUCCAUUUUGUAUCACGGAUUCCCUCUCAAAAGAAAAACCGAUCGGAGAAGCCAUGAAUUCACCGUCGACUUUUACACUCUCUCUUCGUGAACAAGAACAACUCAUCGAGAAGCUCGAGAUCUUCAAGAUCCAAGGCCGGGACAAGCGCGGACACAAGGUUCUCCGAGUCGUCGGCAAGCUAUUCCCUGCGCGGCUUGUGAGCGGCGAAGGGUUGACGAAGUAUUUGGAGGAGAAGGUUUUUCCCAAUUUGGAAGGAAGGCGGUUCUCUGUGGUGUACGUGCACACAGGUGUUCAGAGGAGCGAGAACUUUCCUGGAAUCUUCGUCCUCCGUUCGAUCUACGACGCGAUUCCAGUCAACGUCAGGGAUCUUCUUGAGGCCGUGUAUUUCGUGCACCCGGGCCUACGGUCGAGGCUCUUUCUCGCCACUGUUGGCCGUCUCUUUUUCACUGGAGGAUUGUAUGGGAAACUAAAGUAUGUGAACAGACUGGAGUUUCUGUGGGACCAUGUGAGGAGGAAUGAGAUGGAGAUCCCAGAGUUUGUGUAUGAUCAUGAUGAAGAGCUUGAGGACCGUCCGAUUGUUGACUAUGGAUUAGAGAGUGAUCAUCCGAGAGUCUACUGUGCGGCGUCGGUGGACGCCCCUGUAUCGAUGUACUCCAUGAGGUGCAUCUCAUAGAGUCAUAGCCUCAGAGGAGUUAGGGACCCCCAAGGGAUUUCCAUGUUUAUGUGGGGUAGUAAUGUCCUUUUCUUUUUUGUUUUUGUUAUGGUAAUUGAUAGGAUAGGAUAGGAUAGGAUACUUGUGGUUGUUAAUGUAAAUGUAAAUGGAAAUGUAGUUUGGACCUGUUGCCUUGCCAAUGAAAGGUUGGAAUUUACAGUUCGGUA